UGUCUAGCGUUCUGCGAUGGGUCGCCGCAAAAUAGCGCGCGCGAUAAAUAGAUUUCGCGGGGUCCACUCCCACCAGAUCUGCAGAGGCGCUGAGGUCGCUAGGCUCGAGGAGACCAGGACCACGGCUGCAGCUUCGCUAGCAGCCUAGGGCUGAAGCCGUCGCCAAAGAUCGCGCCGGCCCCGACGCCCGAGCCGGCGGCGUGCCCCGGCGGCCACCACAGCGAGCGGCGUGGGUGGCUGCGGGAGAUGUGGCUGCCGCUCUGCCGUAGACCACACCAGCCUGGCGCGCUCAGCGAUGCAUGGAGAGAGAGAGAGAGAGUUGUGUUCAUAGAGCCACGAGAGAUAAUGGAAUGGGUGGUUGAGCGAUGAGCGGAGGAUAGGAAUAUAGGACAAGGAUGCAGAAGAAUUAAAAUGGAGAUGCCGGACGUCGGAGUACUAGCAUUACCGAAACGCCAUUAGAGAAGCAAUCACAGCUUAACCGCAGCGCGUCCCCCCGGUAAUCACCCCCACGUGGAACACUCCCCUUAUAAAGCGACGCCCCCACAGGCACUGCCGCCUCCACUCAUUCCACGCGGCGGCGGUUUCCAUCACCGGCGGCGCCGGUACCCUGCCUGAUCCAACCAGGCGAUUCGGCCCGCACCAGCCAUGGACGCGCCCCAACUCCUCCUCGGGGCGCUCCUCUUCCUCGUCCCCACCGCGCUCCUCCUCCUCGGCCUCCACCUCGCGCGGGGCAGGCGCCCGCGCCUCCCGCCGGGCCCGCCGUCCCUGCCCCUCCUCGGCAGCGUGGUGUGGCUCACCAACUCGCCCGCCGAGAUCGAGCCCCUGCUGCGGCACCUCUUCGCGCGCCACGGCCCCGUCGUGGCGCUCCGCGUCGGGGCGCGCCUCUCCGUCUUCGUCGCCGACCGCCGCCUCGCGCACGCGGCGCUCGUUGAGCGCGGCGCCGCGCUGGCGGACCGCCCGGCGCUCGCGUCGACCAGGCUCCUCGGCGAGAACGACAACACUAUCACCCGCGCCAGCUACGGGCCCGUGUGGCGCCUCCUCCGCCGCAACCUCGUCGCCGAGACGCUGCACCCGUCGCGGGUGAGGCUUUUCGCGCCGUCCCGCGCCUGGGUGCGCCGCGUGCUCGCCGACAAGCUCGGGGAGGCCGGGCGCGCCGGCGCGCUGCCGCCCCGCGUCGUGGAGACGUUCCAGUACGCCAUGUUCUGCCUCCUCGUGCUCAUGUGCUUCGGCGAGCGCCUCGACGAGCCCGCGGUGCGCGCCAUCGCCGCCGCGCAGCGGGAGACGCUCAUCUACAUCACCCGGAGCAUGACCGUCUUCGAUUUCUUCCCAUCGGUCACCAAGCACCUCUUCCGCGCGCGGCUGGACAAGGCGCGGGCGCUGCGGCGGCGCAUCAAGGAGCUCUUCCUGCCGCUCAUCAACGCGCGGCGCGAGUACAGGGGGCGGGGCGGCGAGCCGAGGAAGGAGACCAUGUUCGAGCACUCGUACGUGGACACCCUGCUCGACAUCAAGCUCCACGAGGACGGCGAUCGCCCGCUUACCGACGAUGAGAUCAUCCUCCUCUGCUCCGAGUUCCUCAACGCCGGGACGGACACCACCUCCACUGGGCUGCAGUGGAUCAUGGCCGAGCUUGUGAAGAACCCAGCCAUCCAGGACAAGCUCUACCACGAGAUCAAAGCCGCCACCGACGACGACAAGGAAGAGGUCUCCGAGGAGGACGUCCACAACAUGCCGUACCUCAAGGCGGUGAUCCUGGAGGGCCUCCGGAAGCACCCGCCGGGCCACAUGGUGCUGCCGCACAAGGCGGCGGAGGACAUGGAGAUCGGCGGGUACCUCAUCCCCAAGGGCACUACGGUGAACUUCAUGGUGGCCGAGAUGGGCCGGGACGAGCGGGAGUGGAAGAACCCGAUGGAGUUCUCGCCUGAGCGGUUCCUCCCGGGCGGCGACGGCGAGGGCGUCGACGUGACGGGCACCAAGGGGAUCAGGAUGAUGCCAUUCGGCGUGGGCCGGAGGAUCUGCGCGGGGCUCGGCAUCGCGAUGCUGCAACUGGAGUACUUCGUUGCCAACAUGGUCAGGGAAUUCGAGUGGCAGGAGGUGCCCGGCGAGGAGGUGGACUUCGCCGAGAAGAACGAGUUCACCACCGUCAUGAAGAAGCCGCUUUGCCCGCGCCUUGUGCCCAGGAGGACUCGGAGUACGAGUGCUCACUAGCUAUCUGGAAUUACUGCGAUCCAAUUGCAGAGUGGUUCUAUGGUUUCUUGCUGUGUGAUGUAUAUCUAUUCAGAAUACUGCUAACAAGCUGUCAAGAAUUACAGCUUUUUUUAAAUAAUCGGCAGAGAUACUGCAAAGUUUGUAGCUUA